GAGGGAGGGAGGAAGGUGGGGGGCGCGGGGAGGGGGGGAAGGAUAGACGCUGCAGGAUUGAUGGGUCUACCGCCGAGACAGAGUGUGAUUCGACGAGGCUUUGUACGAUUUGCUGUCCCGCUGUUUGUCUCUGCAUUUCGAUCAAUCCGACAUUUAUUCGGGGCCGAUCUCCCGCUUGUUUUCGGUGUCGACAUUUUUUUAGAGGAGGUGUGAAGAGGAAGCAUGGCAGAGGCGCGGGGACGGGGAGAGUGUGUGCAGGAGCCCGGGAAGUUCAGUCUGAGGGCUUCUCCUUCUUUGAGGCGGGAGAGCGACUUUUCUUCUGGCCGUCAUUGUUUGCUUAUUCACUGCAGCCGGGAGAGCUCCAGCAGUGUUUGAAUUCUCCUGGACGAGGAUCGUUUUCUUUUGGUGCGCGCACUUCUUCUUCUCGGGCGGAUGGUCGCAAAAUUCCAGUAUUUUUGCUCUUGGUGGAGGUCCAGCUUGGGGACGAGAUAUUUUUAUUUUCGGCGCAAGUGGUUUCGGUGCUAGAUUUCUUCUGUCAGAAAGGAGAUGUAUCCGUCUUGUCUGCAAUCUUCAGCAAGAGCUUUGUUGGUAGAUUCUGGUUUCAGGUCUGAGGAGGGAGCUGAGUCUGAGUAAAUUUUGUGCACAAAGGCUUGGGCCACAUUGUGAUGGGGAAGCGCAAACAUGAACGGAUGGAAAUUUCGCGUAAGGAAAAACAUCCACGUCUUGAAUGCUGUGAUGAUCAGGACGAGGAAAAGAUAUGGAACUUCGUUUGUGAUGACACGAACGUGCAGUUGGAGUUCGUUGGCCAAGGGAGAGACUUUGAUUCUCUUCAUUCAAGCGAAGAGGAUGUUGCCCAGUCUACAGUCAUCAGUGCAGGGAGAGACAUAUCUUUGAGCGGGAGCACAUCUCCCCAAGAGUUCACUACUCUAACCACCAGGAAAAGAGCUUUCGUGGAAGAUUUCGUCCCGAGUUCACGCAAGAAGGUUUCACGAUCACCUGUUUUGAAUUCUCCCAAUGGACGGACUAAGUCAAAAUCGCGCGUGAGCAGCGAGGAGCUGCAAAAUUCCCCUGAUGGAGCUGGAGCAGUUAUUACAGAAAGUAAUGGAGUAUUGCUGGACGGAAGAACAUCUAGCUCUGAGGUUGACGGGCCUUUGGCGCCUGCAGCUCUUGAAUUCCCUUCAAGCGAGUUGGAGUGCCUGAGCUGCAAAUUACGGAUUCAUCAGUGCGAAGUGGUAUCCUGCUCCCACAAGGAUUGUCUUCUUUCAUACCAUCUGUCGUGCGCCAAAGAUCUCAAAGACGGGAUCUGGCGCAAGAAGGGAAACUUUACGUGCCCACAGCAUGUGUGUUAUGCAUGUGGAGGGCAUCGUAGCGGAAGGUUAUGGAGGUGUGAAAUGUGUCCAACAGCUGUUCAUGAAAUUUGUUGUCCGUGGCCGGCGGAUAUGACUUUUUUCCAAGACAAACCAGGCUGGGCUAUUUGCUGGCGACAUUCUAGUGACAGGAGAUCUACUCUCGAUAUGCAGUACAAACAAAUCACAAGAAAUAUCAAGGAUGUUUUCAGACAGUUGCCCUUGCCUGAAAAUUUGGAGGAUUUCGAACUUAGUUAUGAAAUUCAAAACGACGCGACUAACGUUGAUGAACCACCUCCUUACACCCACAUCAGAAGGAAUGAAUUUCUGAUCAAGAAGAAACGAGAUGAUAGUGAUGAUGGAGUAGGCUGCAAAUGUGGAGAAGAGAACAUGGAAUGCGGAGAAGACUGCGAGUGCAGGGUACAGUCAAUGAGCUGCUCCAAAGAUUGUGUAUGUAAGAAAGUGUGCACCAAUAGACCCUACCGGAAGGAGAAGCGUCUGAAAAUUGUCAAGACACUGCAAUGUGGAUGGGGUGCCGAGUCUGCGGAGCUAAUUCGAAAAGGGGAGUUCAUCAUUGAGUAUAUAGGCGAAGUGAUCAAUGACGCAAUGUGUGAAAACCGUCUAUGGGCGAUGAAAGGGAAAGGAAUCAGUAAAUUUUACAUGUGUGAAAUCAUGAAGGACUUCAUUAUUGAUGCCACCUUUAAAGGCAACUCUUCUCGUUUUCUCAACCAUAGCUGUCAGCCGAACUGCAAACUCGAAAAAUGGAGAGUUGAUGGAGAGACGCGAGCUGGUGUUUUUGCCUUGAGAGACAUAAAGUUGGGAGAACCUCUGACAUACGACUACAAGUAUGUCGAAUUUGGAGCAAAUGUGAAGUGUUGUUGUGGGGCACCCAAAUGUCGAGGAGCGAUCGGUGAAAAACCAUCCUCUAAAAAUUGCUGGUCAGGUAACCUCAAGUGGGGUAAGAGAGGAGUAAGAGGAGCUAUCUAAUUGAUGAUACUAAAGACGAUCUCGUCAUCAUUGUCAGCCGUAAUGAGCAUCUCUUGCAACUGACGCAGACAAUGGUCCACAUAGACAUAAGGGUUUAGAUAGUUCUGAACCCUCGGGAGUUAAGGUUGUGAUUUUGUCAUCGCAACUGCUGUAGUAUAAUUGGGAGUAACCCUUCGGUUUUAGGAUAGCGGAUACAACACACACAGCAACACAGGGAGUAACCCUUUGCUUCAUUACACAAAUGUGUCAAAUCAUCAAUGCCUUCGAGCAAAUCUCAUCUGUGUGUUCCCGAAAUUCGGCUGUAGAUUUCUCUUUCAUGCAUGGCAUUGUCAGGUCGGUUCAGGAGUUUGAUUUUUUGUUCGAACCCCCUCAGAGUAGUCAACCUCGAGGCUCGCAAAGAUUCUGAUGUAUCAAGUGAGAUAUACUGAGCUUUCACGUUGGUAUCUAUUUCUCGCCAGUCGCUUAGUCUUGCAUUGCUGUUUUCAGUCCUCUUUGCACAGGUACUCCUUGCGGAAUGAACUCCAUCUGUGUUGCUGUAAAGGUUGCGAAGACAUUCCCACCGGAGUCACCUUACCAUUCUAGUUUCGUCCACGUGCUGCUCAGGUUGCCCAGCUUUGUGCCUACAUGACAGGGCAAGAGGAGUCAGUAAAUGUGAAGACCCACCGUAAAUUCAAAGGC